AUGGCUGAUACACCUUCUUUUUCUCCUCCCUCUGGUGCUUCUGCCCGAAGGGGUGGUUCUGCUUUACAGCGCCAUUUUAUCAACGAUCCACAGAGACUUAGGUUACUACCGGGUGGUGUUUCAUCCAAGGCUAGUCCCGGCGAGUUGAUACCGCCUGUUAAAAGGUGGUCCCUCAAUGACUUUGACAUAGGCAAAAAUCUAGGAAAAGGGAGGUUUGGUUCGGUGUACCUUGCUAGGGAAAAGCAAAGUCGUUUCGUUUCUUCCUUGAAGAUCAUGUCAAAACUUCACUUUUCAACACCAGAGACUAUGCAACAACUACAGCGAGAGAUUGAAAUACAGUCCCAUCUUAAGCAUCCUAAUAUCGUCCGUUUAUAUGGUUAUUUUUAUGACGAAAAACGAGUUUAUGUCAUUCUGGAAUACGUUCCGAACGGUGACCUGGCCAGGGAGAUGCAAAGAUUUAGGUUCACUGCUAAGCGUUCUGCUACGUAUGUGUAUCAGUUGGCAAGCUCUCUCUCAUAUUGCCACCAACGAAACGUGAUCCAUCGUGAUAUAAAUCCUUCUAACGCCCUUAUCGGCCUGAGAGGGGAAUUGAAGGUUGCUGAUUUUGGCUGCGCUGUCCAUAGUCCAGCUUCAAAGCGUACGGCUGUCUGGGGAACAUUGGCAUAUCUGGCUCCAGAAAUGACGUCUAUGGAUUUUAUGCAUGAUUUCAGAUGUGACAUUUGGAGCCUGGGUGUUGUGGCCUUUGAGAUGAUUACAGGCUUCACACCUUUUAAAGUUACAUCCGAAAAAGAAACCCUGGAUCGAAUACAAGCGUCUGAAGUCGAUAUGACCCCGGUGAAAUGCUUGAAGGCUGCCGAAUUUCUAAAAAAGGUGCUACAGCAUGAUUAUACUAAAAGAAUUCGCGCAGACGAAGUCCCCGAUGACCCCUGGGUCGCCGAGAACGCGGAAAAAUCCCUGACACAAUGCAGAGCAGCACUUGAUGACUGGGAAGCUGCUAAAAAGUCUAGUCAGCAAAAUUAA